AGAACCACACCGCCUGGCGGCGGCCCCCACACCCCCGUCCCUCUCAUCCCUCUCCACACCUCGCCCCGCCCCCCUCUUCCUCCCCUCCACUCCCAUCACCGACGUGACGAGACGAGAUCACGAGAGGGUGAGGCGAGGCUACGGUUCCCACCGCAUCGCAUCCGAACAAGGUGAUGGCGCGGCGCGGGCGCGUUCAGCUGCGGCGGAUCGAGGACAAGGCGAGCCGGCAGGUGCGCUUCUCCAAGCGCCGCGCGGGGCUGUUCAAGAAGGCCUUCGAGCUCGCCCUCCUCUGCGACGCCGAGGUCGCGCUCAUCGUCUUCUCCCCCGCCGGCAAGCUCUACGAGUACUCCUCCACCAGCAUAGAAUGUACAUAUGACCGCUAUCAGCAAUUUUCGGGAGCAAGAAGAAAUGUGGAUGGAGGAGAUCAAAAUAACAAAGAUAAUCAGGAUGAAGCUUCUUCAGAUUUACAGUCGAGGCUUAAGGACAUCGCAACCUGGUCUGUCCAAAAUAAUGCUGACGAGUCAGAUGCCAAUGAACUAGAGAAACUGGAGAAACUGCUGGCAAAUGCUUUAAGGGAUACAAAAACCAAAAAGAUGUUGGCGAAACAAAAUAGUAGCUGUCCUGGCGGAAGUUCAAGCAGCCAGAACAGCAACGGAUCUAGGAUACAGGAGUACUGAAUGGCUUGAGCACAGCGCAAGGCAGCGCCUGACUUCUGUGCAACUGGCGAAUGAAAUGCAUCUGUUGCUACCACCAUCUCCUACUAUUAUUGGGCAGCUAAGAUCUCUAGCCUAACCUAACUUGCUUGGGACAAAGGUUUUGUUGUUGUUGUAAGAUCUGUCAAGGCCGUUGCGGCAGCGUGUAACCGGGUAUGCGAAGUUAAAUAAGAGGAUGCGGAAAUGGUACCGAUCAUUGCUGAA